ACUGAAUAGCUUACAAGUAUAUUAGAUAUUGUAGUACUAAAAAUUUUUCAUUUAUUAUAAAAUAAGUUAAAUGACGUAAGUUGGUGAAAUGGAUAACAAUAAUUAUUUAUUUGUUAGAAACAACUUUUAUCGUAAAUAUUAUUUAAUAUUAUUCUUUAAAUAAGCAUUUCUUUUUAAAUAAUUCAAGAAAAUAUUUGUACUUGAUUGAAAAUGUUAUAACAAGAAAAAAGUUACGGGUAGCUUUUUAUAAUUAGCUCUAAAUAAUUUCAAGCUUUGAAUUUAAAAUGAGCAAAAUUAAGGACAUAGUGAGUGGCAAAGAUGAGUCUGAUCAAAGUAUUCAGGACGCUGUUAAACAGAUUAAAGACCUAUCAAUCACAGAACACAAUGAACUCUCUAAUUCUUCCAAUACCCCUAUACUAAAUUUUCUUCAGGCUAAUGUUGAAGAACUAUACAAAUUCAAUAAACAAACUUUGGAAAAUAACUCAGAGAAAUUCUCUUCUGAAUUGUUAAAAGAAAAAAUUCAACAAGUAAUUAAGUUGAUGAAGGAAAAAGAAGAUCAAGCUAUUUCCGAAAAUAAGGCACAAUAUUACUUUUUAUUAGGAAAAACUGGUAGUAUUGUACAUCCAGUUGAUGAAGAAUGUGUUAAUGCAUUGUCUAAAGCGGUAAAACUUAAUCCUGCCCAUCUUGAUGCUUGGAAUUCUCUUGGUGAAUGCUUAGUACAUUUAAAAAAAUUUUCUGAGGCCAAAUAUUGUUUUUUAGCUUCAUUAAAACAUGGAAAAAGUAAAGUUAUUUUAAGAAACUUAUCCAUUAUAAUGAGAGAAUCACAAUUAUUGAACAAUACAAAUGUUAAAGAAAGUUUAGAACUUGGAAUUGAAUAUGCAAAAGAAGCUGUUGAAUUAGACUCAUCAGAUGGUGAAUCAUGGACUAUACUUGGAAAUGCUUAUCUAUCCUUAUUUUUUAGAAAGCAAGAAGAUAAAAUUUUGAGGCAAUCAAUAAACUCUUUUGAAAAAGCACUUCAAGAUCCUGCAGCAGCUCAAAAUGCUGAUCUCCACUUUAAUAGAGGUGUUGCUUUAAAAUAUGCAGAAAUUUACACAGAAGCAUUAAUUAGUUUUGAAAAAGCCUCACUGUUAGAUCCAAUGUGGACAACUGCUAAAGACACAUUAGAAGAUCUCAUUAAAUAUUUAAAAUCUACUCAAACAUUGUAUCAACGCAAAGGUCAAAUGAAAAAUAAAAGACUUCAACAAAUGACUAAUUCUUUAGAUGAGAAUUGUCUAGGUUUAUACAAAGAUAAAAUAAAUUCAACAAAAGGACAAGUGGUAUUGAAACUUUGCCCAAUAUUACAACUUGAAUUAGGUUUAAAUACAGAUAAAGUAGUUUGUGGGAGAGUAGUAUGUGUUGUGUAUAAUCAAGAACCUGUACCCUAUACAUUUUGUUUGGUUGAUAAAGAUCUUUCAUGUAUUGUAGUGUCUGUGUAUAAUUUAGCUCAAGGUAAAGGUCCAAUUAUUGGUGAUUCUGUGGCUAUUCCAGAACCAUUUAUGUGUCAAAUUGAAGCAUUAUUUAAAGGCCAGACAUAUGCAUAUCCUAGCAUUAGAGUAAAUUUGCCUUUGACAAUGGUCGUAAACAAGAAGUGUAUCAGCUCUGAAUGUGUAUCUCAACCACAAUUUUUGUCUAAACAAUUUUAACAUAUGUUUCUAAUGUACUAAAAUUUUAUGAAGUUGUAAAUAACAAUUUAAUACAAACAAAACUUUACAAUUUAUUAUAAUAA